CAGGCCAGGUUGGCUGGCAUGAACCACCAAAACCGGGAGAGGAAAGCGUACGAAAGCAGGAGGAACGCAACCGAAAAUAGGGGGGAAGAGAGAUUUCCCUCGCGCGCUUGUCGUUCGCCUUCUUCCCCUUUGCGGAUUUGAAUCCGCUCGGGGGCGCUAUUACCUAUUGGCGCCGCGGCGGCGGCGGCGGCGAUUUGAGUCGGGAUCCCGCUCGAUGGCGGAGGGCUUCGGGCGGUGGGAGGCGGAUCCGCUCUUCCCCGCCGCCGAGUGCGUGCAGGACUCCGCCGACAGGAUGGAGGGUGUGUACCGCUUGCUCUUGCAUGAAAGAAAACUGAUACAAGAUGAUACCUCACAUACAAAACGUCGUGUAUCAAUGCAGUAUGAGAGAGAUGUGUGCACUGCUCUUGGAACAACAAAGUGGCAGUUGGAGCAAUUUGAGCGAGAAGUGAAUGCAGCGGCAUUGUCUAAUAAGUCAAAUUCAAGGGAAAAUGCCAUCUUGCAAUUUAGGCAAUUUAUUAGAGCUAUAGCGGAGCAAAUUUCUCAGGUGGAAGAUAGUUUGGAGAGUCUUAGGAAUGAUUCCAUUAGAACACCAAAACAUUCAUACUUGACUGAACAUGAUGGAGAUGAAUUGGCAUCUUUUCUUUCUGGUAGUAAUAGAAAGGAUAAUCAUGUGAUUUAUUCCACUGGAACAGAUGAAAUUGUUGAGCUCAAGCUUGAUAGUGUUCCUGCAGUAAAUGGUUAUCAUUCCACCCAAGAACGUACAUCAUGUGAAUUCAGAUAUUCAGGAGAAGAUGUGGAAGGAGCAGCCAAGCCUCAAUGUUCAUGCGGGGAAAAUGCAUGUGAAGGAGAUCAUAAUGGUAGCAGUAUGCGUGGUUUGGAUUCUGAUGAUUCAAUAGGUAGGAAGCAUCAUUUCAGGAGCAAACUGAGCAGGAAAUACCACAGUUUUAUGCGGAAUUUAUGGUUUACAAAUAGAGGACGUGAGAGUUUUACAAAGAGGAGGAAAGAUGGAGAAGUUAUGGAUAGCUUGAGAAAUGGAAGUACAUUACCUUCAUUCAAUCUACCUCCAGCUGGAAGGGCUAUGUAUUUCUGGCCUGAGCUUAUCAAGAGGAGAUUAAGUAAAUUUAAAUGCUCUACACAUCACAAGCAUCUUCAAGUCCGUUUAGCAACAGUACUACUAAUUGCCCUUGCUGUACUUGGCUUGCUGGUUUUGCAUGUGAGAUGACUGGGAGCAGUAUCCGGUUUUGGUCCCUGUUGUGUACGUGCCAAUCGCCAUGUUGCACUGUACCAAUCAAUCAUUUUCAUAGUUCCUGAUGGAGGAGGAUCCGUGUGCUAUUGAGCACCAUUUGCUAUUUUAUAUUGCCAUUCGAGGGAGACAUAGGUUUGGCGUCAUUUGAUUGCUCCUAAGUAGCCUGGACCAGCACUGACAUGAGCUGUGAUUUUCCACAAAUCCACAUUUUUUGUUCAGAACUGCCACGUGAAUACACGAUGUAUUGUAUUGGCUUGUUUGUGAUACUUGCACAAUCAAGUAAUCAACCAUUGUCUGAUCAGUAAGAUGACAAAGUCUUCUCCAGAUUUUUACGGUAGCAAUCCUGUUAAUAUAUUCCACCCAGAGAAAGGUGCACUCUAAUGUAAUGCCAACUGUAGCAUAACCUAGGGGCUCUGUAGCUAGUGAAGUUCUCAAUUCCGGUCAUCCACAGGAGAUGUCAGAUGUGCUAUUUGUGUAUGUGUUCCAGUUUGAUUCCCUGAUUGAACCUGCAACUUUGUCUUUGGCUGCAAAAAGAUUGCAGCACUUGAAUCGAACUGGAUUCAAUGUACAAGUUCGUGUGCU